CCGUAGUGCAUCAGGUCACAUUAGUGCUUACACUCUAAUGCAGACGGACAUUGCUUGUUAACUGACCUCAAACUACAGUCGAACUUUGUUAUAGCGCAAAACCAAGUGGGGUUUGGGUCCAACUCAGAUCCACUUUAGUGUGGGCUCCACUUGUAGUAGCAACAUGAUCCUGGAACCCCUGGCUGGAUAGCCCUGGCAGCUGAAGCCAUUAAUGGAAAAAGAAGAAGAAGAAGUUAGUUAGGUUAUAAAGUUAUUGUUUCAAAAUCAAAAUCAGAUCCACCGUGCCCAACGAUUAUGGACAUAAUCGUUGCACCGUGCCCUCAUAUAUAUCUUGAAAAUUGAUAAUGGCCACCAGUGACUGUGGAUAUGGAAGACCAAUUAAAGAGGAGGGGGAAGAUGAAACUCUCCAAGUAAAUCUCUCGAAAAAUGAGUUUGGGCCAGAGAAAAUCAAAGAUGAAGAUGAAAUGAGUAUUGUUCAGCAUGACCUGAAAUCUGAACAGUGUGCCGAAGAUGUAAAAGAAGGUUUUUAUUGUGAGGGGUGUGGGGGUGAUUUGCUCAGUCUAGAGAAUUUCUUCAACCCUGACAGUGUGAAAUCCUGUUGUAAUUGUCAAUACCAGAACGAUGCUAAUCAUGGAGAAGGUGUGACUAAUGAUUUGAAACCACCUAACUUUACCUCAGAUUGUGGAAUCUUUUCUUCAAAACCCCCGGAAGAAACAAUAGUUAUUAAGAAAGAGGUUACCAGUGAAAACACGUCAUCAACGUCAUGUGAAAAAGCAUUUGCCGUUGAAAUAUUCAGUUCUGGAUACUAUUCGAAUUCAUUUGGAGAGAGUAGAAUUCAUGAAAAAAAUGAAGUUUUUUCAAAAAAUUCUAAUGAAAGAAUUGAUGAGGAAUGUGUUGAAAACAAGACUACAGAAGAAUACCCAGUUCAUCAUAAAGUUUGCACAAAAUUGUUCAUUGGAAGUAGUGAUUUGAAUAAUCAUAUUGACUCAAAACCAUUUCAGUCUAGAAUCUGCACAGAUUCAUUCAAUCUAUUAGAUUGUGGAAUCUUUUCUUCAAAACCCCCAGAAGAAACAAUUGUUAUUAAGAAAGAGGUUACCAGUGAAAACAUGUCAUCAACGUCAUGUGAAAAAGAAUUUGACGUUGAAAUAUUCAAUUCUGGAUACUAUUCGAAUUCAUUCGGAGAGAGAAAAAUUCAUGAGGAAAAUGAAGUUUUUUCAAAAAAUUUGAAUGAAAGAACUGAUGGAAAAUGUGUUGAAAACAAGACUACAGAAAAAUCCCCAGUUCAUCAUGAAGUUUGCACAAAAUCGUUCAUUGGAAGAAGUGAUUUGAAAGUACAUGAAAAUAUUUGUACUGGCAAAAAGCGAUUUCAAUGUAAAUUUUGCUUAAAGUCAUUCAAUCAUUGUACUGAUUUUAAAAAUCAUGAGAGAAUUCAUACUGGUGAAAAACCAUAUCAAUGUAAAUUUUGUUCAAAGUCAUUCAGUCAGUGUAGUAGUUUGAAAAAUCAUGAGAGAAUUCAUACUGGCGAGAAACCAUUUCAAUGUAAAUUCUGCUCAAAGUCAUUCAAUCAAAUCAGUCAUUUGAAAAUACAUGAAACGUUUCAUACUGGCGAAAAACCAUUCCAGUGUAAAAUUUGUUCAAAGUCAUUCAAUCAAUGUAGUACUUUGAAAAAACACGAAAAAAUUCAUACUGGUGAAAAACCAUUUCAAUGUAAAAUCUGUUCGAAGUUAUUCAAUCAAUCUAGUUCUGUGAGAAUGCAUGAAAAGAUUCAUACUGGCGUAAAGCCAUUUCAGUGUAAAACUUGCUCUAAAUCUUUCAUUCAAAAAAUUCAUUUAAGAAAUCAUGAAAAGACCCAUGCUGGCGAGAAACCAUUUCAAUGUGAAAAUUGCCUUAAGUCAUUUAGUCAAGUUAGGUAUUUGAAAAAACAUGAAAAAAUUCAUACUGGCAAUGAGCCAUUUCAGUGACAAAAUUGCUGACGAGAAACCAUUUCAAUGUAAAAUUUGCUAAAAGUUAUUCAGUCGAUUUAGUCAUUUGAAAAUUCUUGAAAAAAUUCAUACAGGUGAAAUACUAUUUCAAUGUAACAUCUCUUCACUCAUUCAAUCGAUUUGCUCUGGCACCACCGAGAGCUCAUAUGAGGUUGCUAGUUGAUAAAAAUUUUGAUAACCUUUCCAACAAAUAGUGAAGCUCAUUUAUUCAGGAAGUAAAAAU